GGAAGAAUAAUGGAAGCCCCUGAAUACCUUGAUUUGGAUGAAAUUGAUUUUAGUGAUGAUGUAUCGUAUUCUGUAACUUCUCUCAAGACCAUCCCAGAAUUAUGUAGAAGGUGUGAUUCACAAAAUGAAGACAGAUCAGUCUCUAGCAGCAGCUGGAACUGUGGAGUCUCAGCUCUUAUCGGAAAUGCACAGAAACCAACAGGAAUUGCAGAUGCCUGCAAUAAAUUCAGACCAGUAAAGAGGGUUUCCCCAUUAAAGCACCAUCCAGAAAACUGUGAGAACAAUGAGAGUGAUGACCAGAAGAACGAGAAGGGAGAAUGCCAAAAAGGUAGUGAUUCUCACUCUGCACCUCCAAGUGAUGACCAGAGUCCAGAAGAGGGAGAGAGCCUUAAAAGCAAAAACAUUGACCCUGCUGUUCUGCUUGGGGAGCUGGAGCACUAUGAUCUGGAUAUGGAUGAAAUUUUGGAUGUGCCUUAUAUUAAAUCAAACCAGCAACUCGUUCCCUUUACAAAGGUAGCUCCUGAGAAAAAAAAUCUGGGUGUCUGUUCAACAGUGAAUGGUCUUAGUGGCAAGACCUGCUUUGUGGGGAAUGCAGAAAGCUCGCCUGCCAGUGGAACACAGUUCUGUGUGCUGUCUCCUGUGAAAGGCACUCAGCUGAGAAAAACACAGCCCAUUGUCUUUGAUCAGCACAAGCACAUAACAGAAGAAUUAGAGCUUUCCCAGCCUUUACUAAGGUGUAGCUCAGCCCAUGAAUCUGAAGCCCAAGGCAAGGGCUUCCUCAACAGGACAUUUGUUGAUCCUCAUCCUCACAAGACUGAGAAGACUAUGCCAAACUGCCAUCUGAGGACUUUCCACCUGCAGACGGCAGUGGCAGAAAGCAAACAGCUAGAGGAACUGAAUAUGAACUGGAGCAGUGCAGGGGGCCUGGAAGAGAAGAAUGAAGAAGGGAAAAAAAAGAGCAUCUUAAACAUUGUAAAGGAAGGCCAAAUAGCUUUACUACCACAUUUAGCAGCAGAUAAUCUGGAUAAGAUCCAUGAUGAAUGUGACAACAAUCUGCUGCAUGUAGCAGCAUCAAAGGGACAUGCUGAAUGCCUGCAGCAUCUCACUUCUUUGAUGGGUGAAGACUGUUUGAAUGAAAGAAACAUUGAGCAGCUAACUCCAGCUGGAUUAGCAAUAAAGAAUGGCCAGCUGGAGUGUGUUCGAUGGAUGGUCAGUGAAACAGAAGCUAUUGCAGAACUGAGUUGCUCUAAAGAUCACCCAAGCCUUAUUCACUAUGCGGGUUGCUAUGGCCAGGAGAAGAUCCUUCUGUGGCUUCUUCAGUUUAUGCAAGAACAAGGAAUUUCACUGGAUGAAGUUGACCAGGAUGGAAAUACUGCUGUUCACAUAGCUGCUCAACAUGGCUAUUUAGGAUGCAUACAGACUUUGGUAGAAUAUGGAGCUAAUGUCACCAUGCAAAACCAUGUGGGAGAGAAACCCUCACAAAGUGCUGAGCGGCAUGGGCACACCAUGUGUUCCCGCUACUUAGUUGUGGUGGAGACAUGUAUGUCAUUGGCCUCUCAGGUCGUCAAGCUAACUAAGCAGCUGAAGGAGCAGACAGUGGAACGUGUGACGUUACAGAACCAGCUCCAGCAACUUUUAGAAGUGCAGUGGUCAGAGGGCAAGUCACUGCCCACAUCCCCGAGCUUGCCAUCAUCUCCAGCUUCUGCCAAACCCCAGUGGAAACCAUCUGAAGGAGAUGAAUUGUCUCCACCAAAACAUAAGCUGAACACCCAGGAUGGGAUUCAGAUUCUUGGCAGCCUGGGAACCUCUAGUCGUACUCGACCCAAGAUAAAAGAUGAGGACUCUGAUAAAAUCUUGCGCCAGUUGUUGGGGAAGGAAAUCUCUGAAAAUGUCUGUAUGCAGGAAAAGCUGACUUUGGAAUUUCAGGAUGCUCAUGCAUCUUCCAAGAAUGUGAAGAAGAUUUUGCCAGAGAAACGGGAGCUGAAGUUAGCCAGACUGAGGCAGCUGAUGCAGAGGUCACUCAGUGAAUCUGACACAGACUCAGCUAAUUCUGAGGACCAUAAAAACAUGCCUGUGAAAAGAACUGACAAACCAAGGCCUCAGCCCAUAGUAGAGAGUGUUGAGAGCACAGAGAGCUUACAUCUGAUGAUUAAGAAGCACACCUCUGCAGCAGGACGCCGCUUCCCCUUUGGUAUCAGGGUCUCGAAGUCUGUGGAUGGGCACAGUCCUUCCCCUACUUCAGAGGGCAGUGAUCCAGAUAAUGAAGUCCCAUAUCAGUCUGCUACAGUACCUCAGAGCCAGUUUUGUGGAGACAGCUCUCCAUCCAGCAUGGACAGUGCUGCUGCUCAAAAAGUUGCCACCAGCCCUAAGAGUGCUCUUAAGUCUCCAUCUUCAAAACGCAGAACCUCACAAAAUUUGAAACUCCGAGUAACAUUUGAGGAGCCUGUAGUGCAAGUGGAGUUAGCAGAGUCAGAACUGAAUGAGGAAAAGGAAAAAGACCGGGGCAAAGGACUUGUGCGGGCUCCACUCAGCUCUGGAGAGCCAGUGGGGGACCAUCUGAAAAGGCCUUUUGGAACCUUUCGGUCCAUAAUGGAGACACUAAGUGGCAACCAAAACAACAACAACAACUGUCAAACAGCAAACCUGAUCAAAACCUCAUCAACGCUGCCUUUUACCUCAUUAGGAAGGAAGACAGCAGACAGCAAAGGAAAUCCAGCAGCUCUCACAAAAGGAAGAAACAAGCCAGGUCCUUACUUCAGCUACACCAGUCUUUCCUCUAGCACGCUGAACGAAGAACUUCUGUGUAAUUAUGCUUGGCUUGAGGACAUCAAUAGGACAAGCCAGAAAUCCAACAAUCAAAAGAGUACUGAUGAGCCAGAGCUGCAGGAAUUCUUCCUCUAAACCACAUCUCUUGAUCAUAGUAUCAUAGUAUCAUAAGGGUUGGAAGAGACCUCACAGAUCAUCAAGUCCAACCCUUUACCACAGAGCUC